AUGUCAUUUCAGCAACCAAAACGGUAUUCGCAAACAGCCGCAAGAGGCAAACGCGCAAAGGGAUGGACUUUCCCGACGAUUUGGCUGACUCGAGGAAAUGAGCCACUUGAAGGCAACCGAACGUUGGAUUCAAUCUUCAAGCGUCGCAGAGGAAGCAAUAAGAAGAAAGCUCCUGUGCCUCCAUUCUCCCAAGAAUCACCCAUCAUCGGCGAGCAAUCAUGUUGGCUAUACUCAUCUUAUUACAUUGGAAUCGGCCGAACAGCGCGA